AUGUGUACACGCCGCAGCCCUCUUUACUGCACAAGUGGCCGAAGCGCCCUUGGACCUGCCAAAAGCGAACACUCGGGAAUGCGAAUGCAGAGCAGGUGUGUUGCUGCAUUGAUCUGCCUCAUAUCCCUACACAGAGCUGGCGGUGAGACCGUCGAAGCAUGCCAGGCCGACGCAUGUGAUGACGGUGCCCUGAACCUGGCUCAGGUGCGUGGCACGAAGCGGAGAGCUCUUGUUCAGGAGAAGCCAAACUGCCCUUCCGAUAGCCGCAUGCAGAUUCGAUGGAUGCCAGAUCCAACACUCUGCUUGUCCAGCGAUGCCAACCGAAUUGGUGAUGGCGUGAGCCUGAUGCUCCGCACGUGCGAUGAGUCGUGGUCAAGCCCUGGGCAGCUUUUCAAGCAGAACUUGCUGAACAAGGACUUCGAUGAGCGUAUCCGUAUGUCAGUCGACACAGGCUUUUGCGUCGUUGUCAACGACGACAAGUUUGCAGAUGGGGCAGAGAUCUUGCUGAGACCAUGUGACAAGGACAACUCCAACCAGAAUUGGGUGAUGUGGAGCAGUUUUGGAGGUGGUUGCACUGGAAUGCUGUCUGUGGCAACCACGAAGCCGAAACCGUUUUGCCUGGCCGUGCAGGACAAUGACGGCCACGAUGGUGCGAAGGUGGAGCUCUGGACAUGUGACGGCAACGAAAGUGCCAAGACCUGGACCCCAUGGACGCGGGAAGUGUUCAGUAUGUGGACAGAAAAGGCAAGGAAAGCUUUUGCAGAGAAGGUCACCUAUGACCCUGUCCCGAAGGAUGAGAGGACACCUACAACUGAGGACGUCGAUGAAGAGAAGGGCGAGGGUGGCGCAUGGGCCAACAUCUCCAAAGCUGCAAGCCGCUUCGGAAAGCAGGUGGCUUCUGCAGCAGAGGAAGCCAAGCAGAACAUCGAGAAGGCUGCCGAAAAAGCGAAGACGACAGACCUUACUCAGCAAGUCCAAGGCUGGCAAAGCGAGGUAGCCAAGGGCUUCGGUGCCGCCGCUGAUCGUGCCUGCCAAGCUCGAGAAGUUUUUGCUGAGCGGGGAAAGGUAGCCUCGCAGCUUGCCAAGGACUUGGGGAGCAAGGCGGCCAACAAAGCAACAGAGGCGAAGGUCCAGGCGGCUUCGAAAGCGAAGGAGGCGAAGGACAAGGCCGCAAGCGUAGCCGGUGCUGCAAAGGACAAGCUGGCACAGGCCGGUGAAGGCCUGAAGGGCCUGGGGAGUCUGGCGCUCUCGCCCGCCAAGCUCGCCCAGUUUGCGGGCAUCUUCUUCGUAGGUGUUUUUCUGAUCUCUUUGUCCUUUUCGUUCCUGCCGGUGAUGGUCAUCGCACCGCAGAAAUUCGCAUUGCUCUUCGCUUUUGGAUCCAUGACGAUGCUGGGAUCCUUCAUGUUCUUGAAGGGCCCGCAGGCCUUCCUGUCCGGCAUGGCUCGCAGAGAGCAGCUUCCCUUUUCCAUUGCGUACGGCGUUGGCCUGGUCGGGACUCUGGUCUCGACCAUCAUCUUGCGAAAUUUCCUGCUGACCGGCAUCUGCGGGCUACUGCAAGCUAUUGGCCUGCUCUACUUUGUGGCGUCCUACGUGCCCGGCGGAAAGGCCUGCGUCAACUUUGUGGGCCGGAUGUGCGGGAAGGCUACACAGGCGCUGCCGGCGCUGCUGUGUCGCAAGUGA